GCAAAGCAACUAAAAUUAAAUAUAUAUUAAGAAUUAAAAAAAAAACCCAAAGAGACCAGCAACGCACGAGAGGUUCCGAAGGAGCUCCAGAGAAAACACACCCCUCACCAUCAUCAGCACCCCCACCCCCACCAUGGUCCAGCAAGCGGAAAGUCCCGAAGCGGAGAGCAACCUGCCCCGAGAAGCGAUGGACACCGAAGAAGGGGAGUUCAUGGCUUGCAGCCCGGUGGCGCUGGAUGAGAGCGACCCGGACUGGUGCAAGACGGCUUCGGGCCACAUCAAGCGGCCGAUGAACGCCUUCAUGGUGUGGUCCAAGAUCGAGCGGAGAAAGAUCAUGGAGCAAUCGCCGGAUAUGCACAAUGCGGAGAUCUCCAAGCGCCUGGGCAAGCGGUGGAAAAUGCUCAAGGACAGCGAGAAGAUCCCUUUCAUCCGGGAGGCGGAGAGGUUGCGCCUCAAACACAUGGCCGAUUACCCCGACUACAAAUACAGGCCGAGGAAAAAGCCCAAAAUAGACCCCUCGGCCAAGCCCAGCGCCAACCACAGCCCGGAGAAAAACACAGCCACCGGCGGCGGCGGCAGCAGCAGCAACGGCAAGAGCGCUAAAAGCUCCAGUAAAAAAUGUAGCAAAGGGAAAUCGUCGUCGUCGUCCUCCUCCUCCUCGCCGCCGCCGCCGCCUCCUCCUCCUCCUCCCCCCAAAGCGGGGGCGAAGCUGGCGGCCCAGGCGGGCGACUACGGGGGAGAGGAUUACCCGCCGUUCGGGGCGCUGAAAGUGAGCAGCAGCAAGACGCUCAAGUGCGUCUUCCUGGACGACGACGAGGAGGAGGAGGAUGACGACGACGACGACCUGCUGCUGAGGAUUAAGCAGGAGGAGGAGGACGAGGACGACGAGGAGGAGGAGGACGAGGAGCAGCAGCACCACCGCCAGCAGCACCAGCACCAGCUGAGGCGGUACAGCGUGGCCAAAGUGCCGGCCAGCCCCACCUUGAGCUCCUCGGCCGAGUCGCCCGAAGGGGCCAGCCUUUACGACGAGGUGAGGGGCGGCGCGGGCGGCGCCCCCGCCGGCGGCAGGCUCUACUGCGGCUUCAAGAGCAUGCCCAGGAGCGGGCAGCAGCAGCAGCCGCCUCCGCCGCCGCCGCCGGCCAGCCUGUCCCCGGCUUCCUCCCGGUCCAUCUCCACCUCCUCGUCCUCCAGCAGCGGCGGCGGCGAAGAGGCGGACGACCUGAUGUUCGACCUGAGCCUCAAUUUCUCGCAGCCCGGCCACGGCGCCUCGGAGCUGGGCGUGGUGGGCUCGGCUUCGGGCAACCUGUCCCUCUCGCUCGUGGACAAGGAUCUGGAUUCCUACAGCGAGGGCAGCUUGGGCUCCCACUUCGAAUUCCCCGAUUACUGCACCCCGGAGCUGAGCGAGAUGAUCGCGGGCGACUGGCUGGAGGCGAACUUUUCCGACUUGGUCUUCACUUACUGACCGGCGGCCCGAGGCCGGGCGGGCGGCAGGCGAAGCGACGGGCGGGCGGGCGAACCGGCGGGGACGGAGGAGGAGGAGGAAGAGCAGGAAGAGCGAGCAACCCUGACAUCGCAGGGACUGGAGGAAAGCGCGAACAGGAAAAGAAGAAGAAAAAAAGAGGAAAAAAAUGAAAAAAAAUCGGUAAAGGAAUGAUGAUGCUAGUGCUUAAAAGUGGUGGAGUUUUGAAGUGAAGUAUCGAGCAAAAUGUGUUUGGGUUUCUCUUUUCUUUCUUUCUGUCUUUCUUUUUUUUUUUCUUUAUACAGUCUUGAAGUUAGUUCCGAACCAAGUCCGGAGUUGUGAUUUUUUUUCCUUUCUGAUUUUUUUUUUUAAUUGGCAAUCACAACAGCAGCAGUAACGAGAAAAGGCUCAUGGGACUGGGGGUUCAAAAAGAUACAGAAGGCGCUGUUUGAAGCUUGUCGGUCUUGUGAUUGAAGUCUGGAAAAUGGUCUGCGGAAAAAAAAGAGGAGAAGUCGUCUUUGGGCAGUACAACUGUUACUCAAGGGGGGUUUAUGGAUUUUUCUGUUCUUUAAUUUUUCCUACAAAGGUUUUAAAGGACCGUUUUGCGUUUUUGUAUUUUUUUUAUUUUUAUUUUGUAAAAGGGACCAUUUCAACUGCGUCUGUUUGUUUUGAGGGAGAAAACUGAUGUCCUUCUAUGCAUCCAAUUCUUAACAAAGCUGCAGGGAGCUUGAAAAAAAAUAAUGCAGACUGUGCAAACGCUUACAAAAAACAAAAACUGUGAACUGACAAGAUCAGAGUUUACUUUUCAGAUCAAAUUGUUUAUGGUUUUACAAAUGUGAUUUCUACUUGCCAACUUUUUUUUGUAACUUGUUCCCUUAUACCUCCUUGAUUGAAUACCAGACAGCCUAGACCUCAGUACACAAAGGUAUUGAAACAUUUUUGAUACAUAACAGACCUCAGUCUUUUUUAAAAAUUAAUAUAUUUUCAGGCGUAUUUUUGUACAGUGAAAGGGAACAUACUUGCUGUGUUUUUUCAGUAAGACUUUUCAGGCACUUCUUCCCUUUUAUUUUAUUUUUUUAAUUUUUUUCCUCUGUUUUUAGCAUGCAAGUUAUAUGGGUACGUUUAUGUCCUGGUUUUAAAAGGAUUUUUAAAAAAAACAAAUCCUUGCAUCUAAAGGCCUUGUGGUUUUAAAAGAAAAAAAAGAAACAAAACACUUUUUUUGUACAGCUAUAGUUCAGAUUUGUUCAAUAUUUGUAGGUAAAGAUUUAUUGAAAAUGGUGAUAUAGACCUCAGAGCUGUUAUCUUAGUUUAAAAGAUUGUAUAUGUACUGUACUAUAGUAGGAAUUUAUGUAUCUCAUACGCUGUGAUAUGUUGAUGGGGGCCCAGAUGGAAGGUAUGAAACUGGAUUCUCUACUCUUUUUUUUAAACAAAAAAAAAGUGGAAUGGGGAAAAAGAAAGGCACAUAGGAAAAGAAAAGUUUCUCAUUUUGUGCAAUAUAAUUCUUAAAAGUACAGACCAUCUGCAUAUUUUGUAGCAAACGAUGGCAAAAAAAGCAGACUUGUGCACUGUCGAACAUCAUUGCCUGUUUUUUUUUUAAUGCUGAAAGUCUGUAUCUUGACAAUUUUAAUAAAUCAGCUGGAACUGAUAGAAACUCGAUUCGCUAUUAGUGUCUAUAGGAGUAAUGCUGGUGGACCUGGCGUGGAUCCCAGCGCCCCUCACCCACCAUGGAGGAGCCUUAGCUGAGAGACUUUACGGAGGAGCGCAGGGCAGAGAGGAGAAGAGGAGGAGGAGGCAGGCGGGCGGGUAGCAGAAGAGACUUCAUAAUAAAGGGCUGAUUCGCUUUUUUUAAUGCCUUUCUCUUGUCUUUCCCUCAGCUUCUGAGGUGCUCUCUUCAACCCCACCCCCAACCCUG